UGGAGGAAAUACCCAGUGAGGGGCUGAGUCUUUAAAGUGGGCUGAACUUGCCUCGGUGUCAGAUUGCUGCUGGCUGCUGUCGGUGGAAGAGGACAGACACGAUAAUGCUGCGAUUAAUACGACUCACAAACACGGAUCCAUCUCCACUGAGGAUGAUGAAGAUGAUGGCGCUGAUGUCUCUCGUGGUGCUGACCGCCGCUCAGCCCCAGUGCGACCCGGACACUCAGUAUGUUGAAGGUGACCAGUGCUGCAAAAUGUGUGGACCAGGGACCAGCAUGACGUCCCACGGCAGCUGUCUGGAGCCUCAAUGCCAAGCAUGCAAUCAUGAUGAAUACCGGGAGGGAUACACGAAGGAAUCCAAGUGUGAGCGUCAGCCGUACUGCGACAAAAAUAACAACUUCGACACUCCUGAAUACGACCCCAAGCAACGGAGCACCUGCCUGUGUAAACAGGGAUUCCACUGCUCCGACCCCAAAGAUUGUAUAACCUGCGUGCCGCACACGACCUGCAAACCAGGUUAUGGAGUUCAAUCCACAGGCAGUCAUUCACACGACACGGUGUGUGAGGUAUGCCCUGACGGCACGUAUUCUGAUGAGGACUCACCGGUCGCCGCCUGUAAGAAACUGACAAAAUGUUGGCUCGGACAACACGUUGAAAAAAGCGGAACGAGCACAUCCGACACCAUCUGUGUGGGCACUUGGCGGACACAUGCUGUGAUCGCCGUGGUGGUUUCUAUAAUUGUGGCCAUAGUUGUAGCUGCCGUCUUUGUUUAUCUGUGCAGAGAUAAAUGCGGCGAAGAAAAGGUCUGUUUCCAGUCAUGCCGGGAACAGAAGAGCGAGCCGCUGCAAGAAGAGCGUAUCUUCAUACCGGAACAACCCGAUCCUCUUGAUGAAGAGGAGUCCACGUCGCCCGACAUGCAUUCGACGCAGGAGGAGGGAUUCACGAGGACGCCGGAGGAAGACGAUGAGCAAAGCGUGCCGAUGUCACCGACGGCUUUAACCGAUCGGGGGAACCUGGUGACACAAGAGAACGGGAAGACGGAGCAGCUCUCCCGACAGGAGUCACAAACACAGUGCACAGAUAGUUUUGACACUAGCUUGUGAUUCCGAAUGUAGACUAAUGUGUAUUGUUGUAAAUAAUUCUCCACGUGAAGAUGUAUAUAGUCGCCGGAAGUGUUAACAAUAAAUUAAAAUGAUGUUCUGUAGCGAUGACAUUAGGAAAUAGACGUACUCCAGUACGUUCCUGGACUGCAUUAGUUUUAUGAGUCAGGGCUCAUUUUUCACUGUGUGUUGAUAUUGUAUUUACAUGUGGUCGUCAAUUUUCAUGUGAGUUGUUUGCAUGUACUUCUGUAUAUUUGCAUGAGGCACUCUGGGAUAACUAUGCAUGACAGCAGCGUGUAAUUUAAUAGCUUUUAAUUUGCAUUAAUAAAAUGUUUGCCACCAGUGAAGUGUG